GUGCUCUGACCAUGGCACCGUCCCCACACGCUGCUCCCUGGGUGCUUCAGCUGCCCCCUGCUGACUUGCUGAUGGCAUCUGCUGUGGACCUGUUUGACCUACUGUAUAUGCAAACUGAAAGGGCCAUGGACGUGGGGGGGGGCGUCCGUACGCUCCGUCAUCUUCAUCAGAAUCGGUUUUCUGUCAGGUGUGGUUUCAUUUUUGGUUCAUUUGAGUAAAAGUCUUGUAAAAUGUAAUGUGAGGGAGAAAUGUAAUUAAUAUCCUGGAACGUCGACACGAGAUGACGUCACAGCUCAUUUCCAUGAUGGCCAACCACUGACGUCAUAAGCGGAAGUGAACACUCGCAGAGUGCAGAUCUAUCAGGAUCAGCUGCUAAGCGCAGAACGCCACGCAAAAUGCUAGUGUCACGUACAAGGCAGACGUUUUUAAAGCCGAGUAUUCCCUUCGCUGGGACAAUUCUCGGUGGUUUGCUUCCCGGUGAAAUGGUUCUGGUUCAGGGCUCGGUUCCCGUUGGUGCUGACAGAUUCCAGGUAGACCUGGCGUGCGGCAGCAGCAUGAAACCUCGCGCAGACGUGGCCUUUCACUUCAAUCCUCGCUUCAGUGGCUCCCCAUGUGUUGUGUGUAACACACUACAGUGUGAGCGCUGGGGUCCGGAGGAGAUCCAGCACCAGAACCCCCUGAAGAGCGCUCACACAUUUGAACUGGUCUUCCUGGUCCUGCAGGACAAGUUUAAGGUGGCGGUCAAUGGCGCUCACCUUUUACAGUACAAACAGCGUGUGGCACUGGAGCGUGUUGACACAAUACUCAUCUCUGGAAAAGUGGCGGUCGAAGUAGUGGGCGUCGUCCCGUCAAUGUCGAACGCUCCCCUGGCUGUUAGCAACAUUCAGGACUCACAGAUGAAGUCUAUUCUUUCCACUGCGGGAAACACACGGGUUCCAUUUUCUGGUUUUCUCGGAGAUGGACUGAGAGUCGGACAAAGCGUCUCCAUUCGAGCAGAGACCAAUCACAAUGCUCAAAGUUUCUGUGUGAACCUGUGUUCAUCAGAAAGCAGUGACAUCGCUCUUCACCUCAACCCUCGACUGAAGUCUCGCAUUUUCGUCAGAAAUUCGUUUCUGUCUGACAGCUGGGGUUCGGAGGAAACGGCACUGGACGGAUUUCCCUUCAUGGCAGGACAGUACUUUGAGAUGAUCGUCUACUGUGACUCGCAGCACUACGGAGUGGCUGUGAAUGGAGACCACAUUCUCACCUACAAACACAGGGUCCAGGACCUGAGGAGGAUCAACCAGGUGGAGGUUCAAGGCGAUGUCUCACUGCUGGAUGUAAAACUCCACUGAUGGAGGACAAUGGUGUGGUCAUAUCUGUCAUCACAUGAUGAAAGUGAUCCAAUAAACAUCAACUUUGAUGAACACUUAGAAGUACAACAUUAUCACAGUAUGACAGUCAGGAGAGGCUGAGAAGUAAGUGUGGUGAAGGACAGAGACACAGUAGCUCGGUGUGCUGUCAGAGUGAUGGAUUGGUUGAAGGUAGAGGUGGGGUUACAGCAGUACUUCCUAAAUAGUGGGGUGGGCCCCCUGGGCGGUGCGGUAAGGUGCCAGUGGGGGGCUUCCAAUGGAAUAUGGCAUGCUGGACAUACUGUAGGUGUACCACAGCUGUGAAAACAUUUCUGAGGGGUGGGGGCAUGAAAGAAAAUACUUGAGAACCACUGGGUUACGUCAAGGUCCAGCUCUGAGCCUUGUUUUGUUUGCUAGACAGUUUGACACAUAAGGUUCAACAGGAGGUUCCGUGGACCACUGUACAACCUCCAUGUUGAACUCACUUCUUCAGUGCUCAGCAGCCUCCCCUGUGUUUGCCUGUCAUGUGACUCACCAUGGAAGGACCUGGAGUGAAGUAUGUAUUUUGCCAGUCCUCAGUCGGGGUCUUUCAGUAGCCAAGGUUUGAACCACACAAUAUUUCCAUAUCUUUUCCAAACAUGUUAAUAAAGUUUUUCAAAGACCUA